AUGUCUGCGUUUAUGAACCCUUGUGCUGGACACCCCACUCGAAUAGCCGACUUCUCUCCUUCUACUAUCCCAUCCUUGCAGUCCAACUAUGAAGCUCGACACUAUACCAACCCUCUGUCAUUGGAACAGGACGUUCGAUGGUCGGAGAGCGACGCCAGCAUCUAUCAAAGGAAGUACUCCAUCGAUGAAUCACUGUAUCAAAGACAAAAUUGGCCAUGGCCCGGGAACAAGCCCAUCCCAACAGACGCUAAUGGCAUCCCAGUCUGGGGUCCAGCAAACGGCCCCGUCAUUCCUGGAGUAACUACACCUGACCCCAACGCCCCAGUCAUUCCUGAUGUGACAGUCCCUGAUCCCAAUGCGGGUAUACCAGUUAUUCCCAGGCCUCUCUCUCCUGAACCAUCGCGUCCUGCGACUCCUCCGCCCCCUGCGACUACCAGUUUUACGCGCCCGAGGCCUCCGUCGCCCAAACCACCUUCCCCCAGACCCCCCUCACCCAGGCCUUCAUCUCCCAAACCGAGUACUCCGCCGCGUAGGAAUACCACGUAG